AUGGUCGAUGUGGUUAGCGAAGCAGGGCCCUCGCAUACAUGCAUCCUUCACAAAUUUGCCACUGAAACCUUCGUUGCCAUCGUGGCUAUUGAUAUUACGCCUAUGCUGUAUCCCAGGACUGCAUGGGGCCUGCUUUGGGAAGACGCACGCAAGACCCAAAAACCUGGCUUCCGUCUCUGUCACGGCACGCGACCAUAUGGACGGGACAACUUCUCAUGGCGGAUGCAUGAUGCCAUGCUCUAUCUGGUCGAGAGCGACAGACGGUUUGCCAAAUUGAUCGAUCUGGAGGCGGCUGUAAUCUGCUUUUCCUAUCUGUGA